UCUUAACAAGGAGAGUGAGGUCAUCACUCAACACCACAUUCCACAUAUAAUAUUAAAUGUUCCUUCUGGUAGAUCUGAUUCACCUCACUUUGUCAUGGAAGUGGACAAGAGGAAGAAAAGGGUCACAAGAGGCGACGUGAAGGCGAACGAAGGAGAGAGGGACAGAUUGAAGAAGUUGAGGGUGGAAGACGGUGGUGCCAGUGGCUGUGGAGGCGGCGCUUCCGGUGACCCGGUGGCGGUUCCCACGGAGGAGGAGGUGGAGGAGUUUUUCGCCAUCCUGAGGAGGAUGAAGGUGGCCGUGAAGUACUUCGACGACAAAGGUAGAGGUGGCAAGGAAUGGAGGGAGGUGCUCGAGCAAGCGGAUGUCAGGGUGGAAGACGGUGAAAACGUCGACGAUCACCACCGUGAAACUGGCGGUGCUGCCGUUAAUAAAAACAAGGGCGAGGAGGUCAUAAUUAAUGAGGGUUUCGAUUUGAACACCGUCGCUCCUGAGGCCGCAGACGGCGGCGACGACGAGUAGAUACGGUUUUCGGCGGCGGGUGGUAACGACCACAAACGAAAGAUGACCCCCUUCUCUGACAUGUACACAUGACGAGGUUCUGAUUGUUUCCCCUUCAAAAAUAUGCUCUCUCUUGCAAUUGCCCUUUUAGCACAACACUGCAAAGAUUAAAAAAUGAUUAUUUUUGCUCUCCGGAAGUUUGCAAAUUAUGGAUGUAUUGG